CUCAGGCAGCAGUUCUCAUUCUCGCUUUCCAUUGGCUAAAGCGCGGGAAGGUGUGGUCUGCUCUGGAUGCUGCAUCUAUUGUGCGCUUUUGUGCCAAACAAUAAACUGUGGAGAAAGCCUUGCUGCUGCUUCUGUGCACAUUUUUUAAAGCGCCUCAUUGACCUUCUUGGUCAAAACUUUGCAUUUUUUUUUUCAUUCCCUUUCGCUUCCACCUGUGGCAGGAUUGAUUUGAUCAUCGCUUCUAACGGAACCAAACAAAAGCAGCGCAGAUCCGAGCCCUGCGUCUCCAGAUGAACUCGGAUUGAAGUUUCACACGAGGAAAAAGACGGAGGAGCUCAGAUUAGAUUUGGGAAGGAUAGGGUCGGACAACGGGCGAUCGAAGCGCGAGCGCUUCUUUGGCAUCAGGUGCUCGUCCCCGCGUGCGUAAAACCGCUGUGGAGGAUGCUCACGGCAUGAGACGCCAUGGCAUGGUGUGACCGAGGGGUUCAGACUUUGUUGGCCAUCGCGGGGGCCUUCGCCGCCUUCAGCCUCAUGACCAUCGCCAUCGGCACCGACUACUGGCUCUACUCUCGGGCGUACAUCUGCAACGCCACUAAUGUCACCUCCGACGAAACCCAGACGCAAACCAAGAAAGUCAAAGGGGACCUGACGCACUCCGGGCUGUGGAGGAUCUGCUGUAUCGAAGGUAUCAACAAAGGAAACUGUUUUCGGAUCAAUCAUUUUCCUGAGGAUAACGACUACGAUACAGACAGCUCUGAGUACAUCUUACGUAUAGUUCGAGCAUCGAGCCUGUUCCCAAUUCUCAGCACCAUCCUCCUGAUGUUGGGUGGCAUGUGUGUUGGCGUUGGACGAUUCUACAGCAGAAAGAACAACAUCCUGCUCAGUGCAGGCAUCCUGUUUGUAGCCGCAGGUCUAAGCAACAUUAUUGGUAUCAUUGUCUACAUCUCCAGCAACGCUGGAGAUCCAAGUGACAAGAAAGACGAGGACAAGAAGAACCAGUACAACUACGGUUGGUCCUUCUACUUUGGUGCCCUCUCCUUCAUCGUCGCCGAGUCUGUGGGCGUCCUCGCGGUCAACAUGUACAUAGAAAAAAACAAAGAGAAGCGCUUCCGAGCCAAGCGUGACUUCAUCCAAAUCUCCUCCUCACCGUACUCACGUAUGCCGAGUUACCGCUACAGACGGAGGGGUUCACGCUCCAGUUCAAGAUCAACCGACCCGUCUCGUGAGCCAUCCCCAGUGGGAGUGAAGACUGGUGGAGGAUCUGGAAGGGGGGGGUUGGGAAUGAGCCUGCCAAUGGGGGACAUAUCCCUGUAUGGCUUCAGCAGAGAACCUUUGAAGGGCGGAGGUGGGCCUGCAGGGCCGUACAGCCCCGAGAGAGACUCUGGGUUUUUACAAGUCCACAACUGCUUCCAGAAAGAUGUGAAAAAUGCAGCAAACCGGAGGACCACACCGGUAUGAGGUCAGGAGAGUUUGUUUUGAACAAUUCAUUUAAUUAAAAGAAAGACUUUAUAUCUUGUACAGAUGGGAAGACGUGAUAGUUUUCCCCUGGAAUCUUUCAGGCAGCAUUGUUGAAAGGUCACGUUUGUUUUUCUUACAUGCCACUGUGACAGAGAAGAUAAAGAAGUGAUUAACUUUUGCAGAAAUGACCUAAAACUUGGAGCAGAUAUGUGUAGCGAUGUUUAAUGAGUUAAAUUCUAGUGUGUAUUUUCUGAAAAGUGACUUCUGCUUUUACAUCAAAGCUCAAAGAAUGUAGUGUUCAUACUGGUGUUCCUCAUAAACAGCCAUUCGUUGACUUUGCAUGAUUAAAAGAGUAAGAUAUUCUUAGACUCACUGCUCAGUUUCACUCUGAUUCAGCAUUAAAAUUGUGUUUUUUAUUUUGCUUUAGUUUUUUUGUGAACUAGUAUUUAAGAAUAACUCUGAAAUAUGUCUGAAAGUUGUUGCUAAAGUGUAGAGAUUAGUGUGAUUGUUUGUUAUCCCGGCUUUCCACUGGACGAGUAAGCACCGCGUAUCAUAAUGCCCACAUUUGCAGCUUAUGGUUACCGUUGUAUUUGACGGGACCAGAUCCCAACUCGCCAAGUGCGGGACAGAGACUACUCAACGUGGGAUGAUGUGAAAUUCCAGUGCAACAAAAUUAUUUUACAAUUAUGGCCCACAAUUAAACAAAAUGGAGGUUUAAGCAGCUUUUAGAGUUUUCAUUUAAUAUUUUCCACAACAUUAUGGCAGCUAAAGUACCAGUAAUAUUAUUAGAUCUAUUUGUGUUUGUUUUUAAUCAAUUUUACACUAAAAUUAACUUCCAAUUAAAAAACUAUCCAUAUUUUUUUGCCUUUUUUUUCUCUUAAUUUAGAAACGAAAAGCUGUUUUUUCAAAAAAUGACAGUAAAUCUCUUAUAGUAGAUAUUGUGUGAACCGAAGGUGUGGACUCGAGUCACAUGACUUGGACUCGAGUCAUUAUUUUAAUGACUUCUGACUUGACUUGAUAAAAUCUAUAAAGACUUACGACCUGACUCGGACUUGCACACCAACGACUUGUGACUUGAAUCGACUUGCAUCUGUUGACUUGAGCAUAUUUGAUAUUUUAGCACAAAAGUGGCACGACAUGGACAAAAAUCAUAAAUCAUUCUUCGUUCUGGGUUUGAUCUUGUUCUGCUGAAUGCAACAGCACUUGGUUUAUAAUCAGUUUCAGUUGCAUUUCCUGCUUGUUUGAGCAAAUAAAUGAAGCUUUAAGAAGCUUUAUUUCUGGAAUUUAUUCAUUGUCAUCGUCAUUAAAUUGAAGUUGGACAGAUGACUUGGUUACGACUUGAAAAUUAAAAGUUAAGGACUUGGACUUGACUUGGACUUUCAGAUCAUUGACUUUGGACUCGACUUGGGCAUGGUUGUCUUUGACUUGGACUUGACUGGAAAGACUUGUGACUUACUUGUGACCUGCAAAGCAGUGACUUGAUCACACCUCUGGUGUGAACUGGUGAAAUCACACGGGAUCUCGCAAUUUUCAAAUGAUUUUGAGAACCUGCGAGACAAGCUACAUGACAUGCUUUCUUUGCUGGUUUGCAUCUGAAACACUCCUGUAGGGAAGGGGCACAUUGCUGAGAUGAUGGGGAAAACGCAUCUAUUACAUUUUGCAAAGCUUACGCAUCCAGUGUUUAGCCCGGGUAAGAAGAUCAUAACCUAUUGUAGAUGUUUUUAACCCAACGCGAUUGGUGCUAACCUCAUUUAACCAUCUCAAACCUGCUCUCAACUCCAGUUAACCAACUUAUUUCACAAUACUUGCUCACAAGAGCAGAUGUAAAUCGUGUCACAAACGAGUGUGUGUUUUUAUGGAUGUGAAAUGAAACCCUUAACUUCUGUAAAACUAAUUUAUGUCAAGGUAAUAUACAUUCCAGUUCUGUGCAUCAGAUGAAGCAUUGUUUACAAAGACUGCUUGUGUAGCCUGCUGUCCUUUUGCUCAGGGAUGAUGCACGGACAGAGUCCUUAGUAAAGUCAGACAGACUGUUACAGCGUGUCUGUACAGCAAGGGCGGUUCUAGGGAAGGGAUGGGGGGUUGGGUCCAGAGCCGGUGCUACAGUAAUAGCAAGCUUGGACCCCACUUUGGCCCCCCUGCUGAAGACAGACCCUAAGCAUUAAUAAGUACUAUUUUUGUGAUCAUUUAGCCUAAUGUAAAAUGGGAAGACAAAGCAAAAUCUUCAUGUUGUCACCGCGAUAAAUAACAAUGUCUUUUUUGCAAUAUAGGCCUAGAUACAUUUUGAAACUAACUGAAAAGCUGUUCUACCUAAAGUGGCUGCAACAGAAUUGCUGUAAUAUUUUUUUAAUCAAUCAUUAAAAUUUGAUAUACUUUUGCUAAUAUCUUUUUAAUGUCUUCUUACAAACCUGCCUCUAAUAGAGCAGCUUGCCCCCC